AUGCUAACAUGGAAGCAUUUAUGCCCCAAUUGCGGGAGUACGAACCCCGUUAAUGGCUAUACUAGCUUGAAUGCAGUAAUAUCUAAAAAACUGUUAAAACUGGUAAAACUGCAAAUUAAUCAGAAACGCAUCAUGGACGUAUUAAUUGUGGACCACUCGACGCUUUAUAUGCUAAGAAUUUUGUUAAAAGCCACGUUAGAAGCAGGGUUGAUCAUUUAA